UUAGAUUAAAGAAUUAUUUGGAUUGAGAAAAACAGAAGAUUGUAAAGGUAUCCAAUGAAACGCAGUGAGAAAACCAGUAAGAUGAUAUUCAAACAAUUUUUAGUGGUUAGAACAAAUUGUAAUAUGGUUAAUAUCGUUUCGAUGUAUUAUAAUAUUCUUUGAUUAUUCCAUUGUGUAAUCUCAGACUCGAACCACGUGGUUCGUGCCCAUUCUAAAUUUAAAUUUAAUAAUUUCACUAUUUAACUCAAUUUAUUCACUUGCAAAUUUAAAAUGUACACACAAUUCAAAAGAAAUAUUAAAAAAGAAUAUUAAUGUCCGAAUAACCUAUUUUCUAAUUUUUCAAACGAAAAUUAUUCCACUAUUAAGGUAAUUGUUUUGAUUCGAGUUUCUCGGCUGCUUCUAAGAUUCGAAGUAUUUCAAGAUGGAGGAACAAGAGUAUAUUAGUUGUGAAUUACAAGGAAUUCUCGAGGAAUUCACGAGAAUCAGAGACGCGUACCUUGCGUUGAAAGCUUAUUGUGAAAUGCAAGAGGAAGCUAUGUCGAUAGAAAAAGCACGUUCCGAGAGGUUACAGAUGAAUUUGGAGAAACUUUCCGCAACUUAUCUACUUUUAGAAAAUAGAUAUAAGUCUAUCGUUGAAAAAUUGCAGACUGAAAGGGACGAUCUUCGUAAAACAAAUGAAGAGCUGAAAGAACAGUGUGAUCAUUUGCGUCUGAUUAAUGCAGAAGAUCGUGGUGGAAACAACAACCAAAUAUGCAAAUUGCAAGACGAACUGGAAGUUUUAAAAGCCCAAUUAGUGAUGCAGGAAGAGAAACACAACGAGAACGUCGCAUUGUUAAAGCAGCAACACUUUGAUGAACUACAGAGAUAUAAAAUGUUACUGCAGAACGGAAAACAGGCCUCCACAUCUAGAGAAUCUAAAAAGAGAGAACGUCCAAAAAAUUUGGGAAAGAAUGGAAAGAAGGUGUCUUUCUUUAGAUGGCCGGAAUUGGACAUAGAAACAAUCAAUAGCGUGCCAUUGGAGGCGCGCAACGACAAUGAAACUGGAAAUAGAAACUGUGCUACCAAGAAGAGGAAAUUAUUUCACGAAGACAGAGACACUAUAAUAGACAUUCCUUAAAAUAGAUUCGUCCCUGAAGAGCUGUACCAUGAUGGCGUCCAUAACAAAAUACACUUGUUUUCCGCCCAAACUCGCGAACAUUCACCAGGUUCCGGUCUAUCGAAAACUGAAACUGGUAGAAAGCCGGAAUCAUCCUCUACUUUCCUUGAUGCGUUCAACCGAACACCGACAAUUUCCGUCUUUGUUGCUUUUUCGAUCAGCCAUCUUCCUGUUUCAACGUAAGUCUAUACAUCGAUAGCACUCGGAUUUUUUAUUAAAACAUUAAUUUCUCACGAUUAAUUGGGAAGAGCAGAAUUUCUGUAUAUUUAUGUCCUCAAAAUUCCUAAAAAUUCUGACGUAAUUCUGUAUUUUAAUAGGUUAGAUUCGUUUGGAAGAUUCCUCCAUUAUUGUGUAUGUGGCGAUUAAAAUGUCUGCGUAGCCCGAUGAUGUUUAUGGAGAAAUCUAGGCAAGCUUAAAAACGGUGAGAAAUAUUAGAUAGUCAUUAUAGUAACAUUGAUAUUGAACAACUAUAGUGGUGGAUUGUUUGGAAAGUUUCACUGUGUUCUUUCAAGUUUAAGAUGAAUUUGAAUAAAUUCUAGUUGGAGUUUAUAUUUGAUAAUUAACUCUUUGCUUGAUCAUCUUUUCGUAGUACUUGGUCAUAAGAGGGACAAAUGCUUCAUCAAGGUGGCGCCAGGGUUUUAGGCGAGCCAAUCUAAUUCGCUAACUGCAUGAAAUUCGAUCUAUGAAAUUUGAUCUGGUCUUUGCUUUUCGCUGUCUGCUAAAAAAAUUCAUGUUAGGAGAAGAGGAGAGGUCUUUCGAAACAUGGCUGAUUAAGUCAGUAGGCAGCGAAGAAUUUUUGAAAGAAAACGUAUUUAUCGAUUAGUCGAUAAAAUUUUAAAUUUCUAAAUUUUGAAACUUUUUUAAACUUUUCUACAGACUUUCCAAACAAUGUUCAAUAAUAGUCAGAGUGGUAAAAUAUAUAACAAUAACUUUCUAGAUCAAAGGCUCGUUAGUUAGAAAUCUCCUCAUCCACGAAUCACUUAGAUCCUAUGAACCCAUAGAAAUCCUAUAAACCCCAAAAACCCAUCAUAAGGUUUAGGGUUAGGUAGUAUAUAUUUCCCUAACUUCAAUUAUGUGAUCCAUUAACAUUAAUUAAUCAUGAUAUAUUGACCAUGUAAAUGAAAGAAAUCCUGGAUCUCAGGUCAUUUACGUUUUAUUGGCGAUGUAUCGAACAUUUUUUUCGAUCCUUAACGGCAGCCAUGACACACAUAAGCGUCCGCGUACAUUUUAGGAAACAUUGGAUUAAAGUAGGUUAGGAGUCGGACAUUGGAUUUUAAGAAAUUAAUUAGAGAGCCUAUCUCGCAUGAUUUUUCAAACGCGAGUUAUCUCAUCUUGACUGAACUUUCGGUAUCGCAAUGGAAUCGCGCGCUUUUGUAUUUUCCUGCGCGCUCUGUGCACACCAUAAUCGAACUAUAUCGAAAUGUCAGUCGAUCAUGUGAGAUGUGUUCGUGGAAUGGAAAUGGGAAACUCUGUCAGUGUCCUAUUUUUAUAGUUUCCUCGUUUAUUAUUUUUCUAUUUUGUUAAAAACGGGCUGACUUAGAAAAAUAAUGACUUUUUAGGUUAAAUUUGGAAAAUAGGGAUUGGGUGGCUUUCGUCGUAUGACAAUCACAGUGUUUCCCGUUUUCAUUUUACAACUUGUUUCUGUACAGAAAGGAAUUUUCAUAAAUGUAUAACAGUUUUUUAAAUUAUACACUUUAAAUUAGGGAUAGACCCUAUUUUAACAUUUUCGGUGGUUAAAAGUUUUUGAUAAAAUGUUCAUACAUCGAUGAAAUCCUUUAACAUUAAAAUAUAACGAACAACAACUCUUUCGAAUUUCUAUUAAACCUAAUAGUGUGUAAUAAUUUAUUGAUGACAAAGAAAUGCUAUUGGAUCUAAAGUAAAUCGAAGAAUACAGCGCGAUUAAAUCUAGCAUCAAGUUCAAUCAAAUUGUAAUUUUAAACAAAAGAAAUCUGCUAUUCUUAAAAACUUAUUUGACCGGUAAUCGAUAACGUUUCAAUUUAUUGAAAAUUUAAUGUAAAGACCAAUAUCAAAGGAAGCUACCAAAUAUGUAACUCCUUUCUGCACAGAAGAAUACAACGGUAGUGAAAGUUAGGAGAAACGAUCAAGCACACGUCCCAAUUACACUCGAACGUCUUUUGAACUAAUUGACCUCGCAUUGGUCAGAAAAAGAAGAAAAAGGGAAAAAGGAAUCGUAUAAUAUUAACUCAGUCGCUAGAAACGGCUAUGUACACUUCUCGUAUUAGACGAGUAUAACCUAGUCGGUAUAUCGCUAAUUCUAAAUAAGGACAACAAAUCUUUCUCGUUCUCUCUCAUUUUCUUUCUAUCUCUGAACGCUAGAGCCUUUAGUAAUGCAUAUCACAGUUACAAAAAUUCAACAUUUCUCGCUACUUGGCAAUCUCUUUCCCCCCUGUAUGCAGUAUCAAAUCGUUUUUAUACACAUGUACAUUUACAGUAGCUCGUCAAGACAUUCGAACACUCGUAGAAAUCUUGCUAUAUAUAUUAUGUAAUAAUAUGUAUAAAUUUCAUUAGCAUUGUAAUGAGACAGGAAAUUGGUUCGAAAAUCAUUACGAACUUGACCAACAUAAUCACGAUUUCUCAUUAUAAGGCUAAUAAAAUUUCAAAAUUAUGCAGGGCGAGACGGUAAACAUAGUACAAUCGAGCAGGGGCUGAUUCUACAUGAAAAAAUAAGUCGAAAAUAUAGAAUACAAUUUUUUCAUGCGGUGCUUCGUUUCCGAAAAAAUCAAGUUUGAAAAUUUGUCGGGUGUACUUUAACUUGGCCACAUACAGCACAGGUAUGAGUAAAUAAUCAAUACGAGAUUAUUAUACACGCGGGAAUACGUCAAAACUUUUCCGUUCAAUGCCUCAUUUCCAAGAAAAUAAUGUUUGAAUACGUUUACUUGAAAACGAAUUGGUCUGGCGUGUACGCGAGCACGCGAGCACGCGUGACACAGUUUCUAAUUUAUUUUUCUCGGAACUGCAGCUUCCUAUGAAAACAAUCAUAUUCUUCAUUUUUGCCUUAUUUUCAAAUGCAAUUUAAAGCCCGAUAAAUGUCGAUUAUUUAUCCUUGUUCAGACCGGAAUUGAAACUUACUUACCAAAUUUUUCAAACUCGAUUUUCUCGAAAAAGAAAAAUGAAGAAAUGUUAUCCCGAGAUUUUUCCUUAUUUCUUUUCACGUAGAAUGACCCCUUGCUCGAUUCUACUAUGAUUACCUAACCCCAAUCUAAACCCAACCUAACCGCUGCACCCCCUAUAUAGCAUAUAUAAUAUAUAUAUAUCAAAGUUUUCUACGAUAGGUAUGCAAACACUUUCGUGAGUCACUGUAUUUCUAUCGAACUCGAACGCUUUCGUCAGCCACGAUUGCAUUGCUUUUACUCGACAACCAUGUGUACGUUUAAGGCUAGAACUAUGCCAGAUCAGAGACAGUUUUUGCUCCAACUGGCAGCUAAGCUGGCUUUGUGUGUCGAUCAUGCAAUUCGAAUUGACAGAACGUUGCUUGCACAGAAUUGUGCCCCUCGACAAUUCUCUAUGUGCUUCUGGUUUUGGUCAGUUGGACCCGAAGCUCUUUGCAAUGAUAGUUGGUCCUUGCUAAACCCUUAAAACUUGUUAUACAGUAGAAUCUUCAUUUAUUCAAACAUAUAAAAUAAUAUUAACACGAUGACGAUUGGUGGAGCGACACUAGCGCCGUGAGAGCGUCAACUACAUUUUACUUAAUUUUAGAGUUUGCCUCGUUUCAAUCCGCAUAUCGUGUUUCACGUACAAAGAUCACGACUGGGUCAUUCUCAGGAGGGCACAUUCAUUAAUUUCAUAAAUUGAAAUGUACAGAUAAGUGUCCAUGUUUAAAUUUAUCUUAGAAUUGACUUCUAUUUAUACAAUUUUCUUGCAAUGCAAAUCUACAAAAACUUGUAGUUGUUUAGUUGGCGGACCAAACGAAACUUAGAUCGUCAAAAAAUAUAAUCUUUAAAGAAAUGACGUGUCCUUUGUUUAUUCACCACCGGUUAAUAAAUUAUGGUACAAGAAGGGAAUUAUGCCUUGUUUGAACGACAGAAACUAAAGCGUAAUUUGUUAAAUUAUUUUAAACGAAAUUAUUGUGCAAGAGAGUGCAAGAAUUGCCAAGCUAAAAUUCUUCUUUUCUAACAGAAUGAUUUAAUUGUUCUUGCGACAAAUGAAUUUUUCGUCUAGUCAUCGGUGACACCAUCAAUUGCAAUUUAUCUGCGAUUUUCUUGUGGAAUUCGAUCAUAAAAGGUCAGGCGCUUGCAAGCACUUUCACAGUGAUACUGUCAUAAAUAUUCAUGAAACAGCAAACAUGGAAGAGUUCUCAUUUUUUUUCACGGAAUUGACAGAGCUUAUAUGGAACACACAUGGCUUUUCUGUGAGAUUUACUUGCGGUCACGUAAAUCCAUUUGCACACAAGCAUUUGUUGAUGAGAAGAGCUUCAGAUUCCAACUGAAAUGGUCGAAUAUAGUAACCGUUUAAUUCUUAUGACCACUUUAUUCAUUUAUGGUGCAAAUAUAGAAAGAUGUGUUUUUGUUUGUUCUUUGAAGAAUGUUUAUACAAAUUGCUUAGGUAAAUAUUUAAAUUCCAAUUGUUCAUGCAAAUAAUUUUCCUUACUUUCAUAGAUCUUGUCUAAAUUCAAUUUAGUUCAAUUUGUAAUCAUCAAUUAGUAUAAAAAUUUAAGAAACAUUCUAUAAUUCUAGUGCUUUGAGAGAGGUGGAGAUUGGUUUUAAAAUAUCUUAAUUUUAGAUUGCAGCUUUAGAAAAUUAUUUUCUCUUUGUUUCAGUUAUUACUUUAACUACUGUAACGAACAUCUUACUUUUCAUAUUCUCUAUAUUUUUGCAUAUUAGAUACAGCGUGUGAGUUUUUUAAUUUUCCAUAAAUGCAUAAACAUUCACAAUCUUAGGAAGACUCUCUUUAUAAAUAAAGAUACAAAUCUUUUUUACUAGCUUCACUAAGCUUAAAUCCUCUUAAAAAUACAGGACUUAUUAGAAUACUUGAUUUAUUCAAAAUAUGGAAGAAUACUUUCACGGUAUGAAAAUUACACCAUAAAUGAAUAACAUGUCCAUAAAUUCACUGAACCUUUUUUUAUACAAACCAGGAAUACUUUUACAUAAAAAAAAUCUUGAGUAUUCUAAUAUAAAGAGUAUCGAUUUAUAUAAUACUUCAGAAAUUAAUUAAAUUUUCCUCCUUUACGAAAAUUACUCAUUUAAAAAAUCACUGCUGUACGAUACUUUUACAGAAUAAAAUAAACAAUAUAUAAAUCAUUCAUAUACCUUCUGUUUGAUAAGAAGCACAUAUCCUAAAAACUAUGUGACUCGAACAUUCUCAAAAAAAAAAAAAAGAAGAAGAAAGAAGAAGAAGAAGAAGGAGAAGGAAAGAAACUUACUUUCAUC